AUGGCCCUUAGCUACAGAGUAGGCCCAUUGCUUCUCGCCGGUAACUAUGAUCCGAACACGGAGAUGGAACAGGUCUUCGACCCAGCGAUCGUGGCAACAAAAGUCCGUUUCAUCCCUUACACCUCUCACAUGCGCAUGGUAUGCAUACGGGUGGAGCUUUAUGGCUGUCCAUGGACCGAAGGCCUGGUGUCGUAUUCCAUGCCCCAAGGAAUCAAGCGGGGCUCGGAGAUUGACCUUUCCGACCGAACGUAUGACGGCCGGGAGGAAGGAGGUUACCUCUCCGGGGGACUCGGUGAACUUGUCGACGGGCAAAAGGGUCCUGACAACUUCAGAUCGGACGUCAGCGGUAACGGGAAAGGGUAUGAAUGGGUUGGUUGGAGAAAUGACACGCCGAACAUGCUUGGACGUCCCGUUGAAAUAACCUUUGAAUUCGACUACACGAGGAAUUUCACGGCCGUACACCUACACACGAACAAUUACUUUACCAAAGAUGUUCAGGUCUUUUCGUACGCGAAGGUUUAUCUUGGCGCCGGUGGAAACCAGUUCAACGGGGAGCCGGUCCAGUUCUCCUAUAUACCGGAUCUGGUGUUGGAGCAGGCACGUGAUGUUACCAUAAAGCUACACUCGCGCGCCGGUCGCUUUCUGAAACUGCAGCUGUAUUUCGCGGCCCGUUGGAUCAUGCUCAGCGAAGUAAUCUUCGAAUCAGUAAUCUCCGAAUGGAACAACACCGAGGACGAGGAGCCGAGGAACAAGAGCGGCAUUGUACUGGCAACCGGCAGCCCCUAUCAGAAUAACGAGGGUCCGCUGCAGAGGGACGAAGUGAAGGCCACUUUUAAUAAGGAGGAAAACAACGAUAACGCCCUUCCAGAAAAGAGCCGGGAGCCAGAAUCGAAGCAGUUCGUCGGUCUGGUGAUCGGGAUCCUAACAACAGUGAUCGUAAUGCUCCUAGCAGCGAUCAUGUUCAUCUUUUAUCGUAACCGAAGAACCAAAGCGGCCCUCGUGCCGUCCACAUUCUACGAUCAGCACGGCGAUCUAAAGGUCUCCGUGCAGGAGGAGGGCGAGGACAAGGGACCAAUUUGCCCUCCGCUUCCGGCGCAGUACCACGCGGCUGCCUACACCACGACGACACCUCAACUACACAAAACUAUCACGGAUUACAGCGGGAUCACGGAGGUGCAGCCGGUUAUUCCGUUGCUGUUGAACACGACGAUCAAUCUUGCGAGGCCGCCGAUCCCGCCGGUUCAAGAAUAUCCAUCUAAUCCGCCGCCCAUACCACCGCCGCCAGAGAAGUAUUACGCCAGCACGGAGAUCUGCAAGAACUCGUUGCCGCCGUUGCCGCCGUCGCCGACGCCUAGCACGCCGCCGCCAAUGAGCGCGAAAGCCUCGAGCAGCAUGACAAGCUACAGCCCGGAGGAUAUGCUCACGGAGGAGGAGGACGAGGUGCCCGAGUGCAUCCUAGACUUCCCACGGGAGAAGCUGAACAUCGUUGAAAACCUCGGCUGCGGAUACUUCGGGGACGUUCACGUUUGCGAGGUCGACAGGUUUCCCGGAUACGACGAAGUUUUCCGGAACGCUGGCAGCGACCUAGUGAUCGUUAAGUCCCUGAGACCGGGCUCCUCGGAUGCGCUUAGGAUAGAAUUUCAACAGGAGGCAAAACGACUGGCACGGCUGGCCGAUCGGAAUGUCGGACGGCUACUGGGCGCCAGCCUCCAAGACGAUCCCAUGUGCAUCGUAUCGGAGAACGGCGAGUACGGGGAUUUGAAUCAAUAUUUGCAGAGCCACAUCGCUGAAACGUCGACCGUGCACACGGCUAAGACCCUCAGUUUCGGCACGUUGGUUUACAUGGCCACGCAAAUAGCAUCCGGCAUGAAACACCUCGAGGAAAUGGACUUCGUGCAUCGGGAUCUCGCCACAAGAAACUGCUUGGUAAGUCGUGGGUAUACGGUGAAAGUGUCGGAUCUGGGUUCCGGAAGGAACGCCUAUGCCGCUGACUACUUCCGGGUCGAGGGCAGGCCUCCGUUGCCAAUUCGAUGGAUGGCUUGGGAAUCCAUGCUGAUGGGAAGACAUACGACGAAGAGCGAUGUCUGGGCGUUCGCAGUCACGCUCUGGGAGAUUUUAACGUUUGCGAGGGAACAACCGUUCGAGGAGCAGCCCGACCAUCGCAUCGUUGAGAACGCGACUUAUUUUUACCAAGAGGACGAGAGGAGAAUAAUCUUACCGUUGCCGAAGAACUGUCCCAAGGACAUCUAUGACUUGAUGCGCGAGUGCUGGCAGAGGAACGACGUGGACCGGCCGAACUUCCGCGAGAUCCAUCUGUUCCUCCAAAGGAAGAAUCUCGGUUACAAGCACGGGGACGCGAACGACACCUGA